AUGUACAUCAACAAUACGGAGGCGCUAAAGAUAUGGCUGACGGCGGUUCUGGAACCGCUGUGCGAUGCGGACCCGGCCGCACUGGCCCGGUACGUGCUCGCCCUGCUAAAGAAGGACAAACCGGAGAAGGAUCUGAUCGUAUCGAUGAAGGAGCAGCUGGACGUAUUCCUGUCCGAGCAAACGAUGCCCUUUCUCGAGCGGUUGUUCAAGAUGAUCAAGAGCGAGGAAUACCUGAAGUGUGCCCCAGCCGCUCCGGCUGCCGGCCCGGUUGUUAGCAAUGGUGCUACAGCGACGGCCGCUGUAGCUUCCUCUACCACCAGUGGCAGUGCCAGCACCCAGCAGGGGUCGGUCUCAGCGGCACCCGCCGCAACGUCGCACGCUUCCACCAAUCAUCAACACGCCGAAGAGGUGACCAGCAGUUCUCGAAUGCGGAUAAAGCGAGAAUUUACGCCACCGUUGCAGGAGUCUGCGACACGUUCCAGUAAAGACGCGCUGUCCAGUUCCGCCACCUCGAACUACACCUCCGGAUCAUCCUCAUCAACGGGAGGAGGAGCGUCAACGGCGGCUAGUGGUGCCACGGUGAGCGGCGGAACUUCCACGUCGGAACGAUCCACAUCACACCAUCAUCAUCACAGCGAACAGCGCUCGGAAAAGGGUCGUGCCAGCGAAAUGACAUCCGCCAGCGUUGCGCAUAAUUCCUCGCCAUCCGUCAGCAGCAGUAGUGGUGGUGGAGGGACAUCAGCAGGAACGGGCGGUGGUAUCACUAACCAAAAGUCCACCUCCACCCACCACCAGCAGCAUUCGCCAAUCAAAGGUUCCAGCAAGGAUGAUCAUAGCAAUAGCAGCAGCAGUACCCGCCGUAGUCGCCGUAUGCAGAAUCGAUCACGCAGCCGGUCCCGGUCCCGUUCGAGAUCGUUUGAACGUACGCGUGAUACGCGCCGAUCGCGCUCCCGCGAGCUACAGCUACGUACGCGAGGUGGAGGCGGAAGUGGUAACGGUGCCAGUGGGAAUGACUCCAAAUCGGGCGGACGCUCGUAUCGCAACAAGUCACCGUUACGCAGCAGCGAUUCGUUCCGACGCUACGAGCGAAAGGGGUACGAUAGGCGCAACAGCGGCCCGAAUGCAUCCGGUGGAAGCAACAGCGGAAUGACGGGAUCGUCGGGCACGAACGUAGCAAGUUCCGGUGGCAGCAGUGGUAAUGGCGUUCCCAGUAGUCGCUUACAACGGAUCCGCUCGCAUUCACGCAGCCGUUCACCGUCCCCGAACUCGGAUCGGAGGAAGAUUGCCCGAUCGAUGACGCCGGUCCGACAGGCAGCGGCACGUUCAGCGGCGGCAACCGGUGCGCCGGUGUCCGGUGAUACAGCAGCAGCCGUUGCAGCAGCUGCGGUAGAUGCGGCGGUUAUCAAUCCGGCCACUGCGCUGGUUCCUCCAGUUGCGGGCGGUGUACCGAUCAUUCCUGUCGGAGCUGGUGGAACGGUGGUGCCAACGAUUGCGCCUGUACCACCACCAUCGGUCGGUUCGCUCGAUCGCGUACUGAAUGCGACGGCGGGCGAAGGAGGUGCGGCAUCGGCCGCUCCGCUCGGUGGAGGUUCUUCCAAGCGACAGCGUUGCCGUGAUUUCGACGAAAAGGGUUACUGUAUGCGUGGUGAAACGUGUCCCUGGGAUCAUGGAAUCGAUCCGGUCGUGCUGGAUGGUCUUAGCGAUCCUGCCAUGAUCGCACAAAUGCGCGGUACGAUUGUGCCCGAGUAUAGCCCUGAUGCGCCCGAACUGUGGAACAAACCCCCGAACAUACCGGGCGGACCGAUCGGUGGUGUUCCUGCUAUCCGCCCCGGACCGGCACAACGUCUCGGCGGCGGUAUUGGAGGUUUUGGACCGCGCGGUGGACCCGUCGGUAUGGGACUAACGUUUCGUGGUGUGGCUCCCGUCUUCCCGAUGCAGGGUUUCCCAGGCAAUCCGAUCGGUGCGACACCGUUGCAGCGCGAACUGAUCUCCGUGCCGGUGGUGGAUGCUAAUAAGGGAGGCGAUGUGUCCGCCGAUCACCGGAACAGCCGUUUCGAGCCGGAAGAUGCGGUCGCAGUCGCUGACGGUCCGAUGCUGAUGGGUGGUGGCGGUAAGCGCAAAAUGGCCAUGAACAAUCGGCACGGUCCGCGCGUGCUUGGUGGUGGCCAUGGUGGUGUGGGCGGUCCCGGAGGACCUGGCUCGAUGCUAAUGAACCCGCAGCACAACUGUUCGCUGGAGCUGCGUAAAAUACCGCGCGGUUUGAACGAGAUUUCGCAUUUGAACGAUCACUUUUCGAAGUUUGGCAAGAUCACCAACAUUCAGAUACGGUACGAUAACGACCCGGAGGCGGCUAUUGUAACGUUUACGUCGCAUGCGGAAGCGAACGUGGCGUACCGAAGCACCGAGGCGGUGCUGAACAAUCGCUUUAUCAAAGUGUUUUGGCAUAUACCGCCAGCUGGCGGUGAGCAGCCCGCCAUUACCGCACCGGCCAAGACGGAGCAUUCACUGCGAAGAUCGUACCCGAAUCAGUAUAGCAUCAACAACAACCUUAGCACGGCCGGCGCAACCGGUACGACACAAACGGGUCCAACCGUUGCAGGUGGUAAAACGCUACAGGCGAAAGACGACGCAAACAGUACCCCGGUGGUGGCGAACGGCAAUGAGAAUCUCGCACCGCAGCAGCAAAUCGUGGGUGGUGGUCCGAAAGGGCACGGUAACAGUGCCACGAAGUACAUCAGCCCUGCCUCGGGGGCGCCGCUGGCGGGUGGUGGUCCCGCGGCCAACAAGAUUUCCCGUGCGCAGAAUGAAAUGUUACGCAAGCGGCAGGAACAGUUCAACAAGGGCAUUAACGAGCGCAAAGUCAUUCUGAUGGACGGAUACCUGAAAGAGCAACGGAAGCUGCUCGAGCUGAUCGUAACGUACGAGGUGAGCGAUCCGCGUCGGCCACAGCUGAAGGAAUCGCUCGACGAGCUGCAGAUAAAGAUUAACAAUCUGCGCAAAGAGAUUCAGCAGGACCAGCAGCUGUUCAAGGCCAACUCGGUAAGGGUCCCAACCCACGGUCCGAAACAUAAGACGAAAGCGCAGCACGAACGCGAGCAGCUGGAUGCGGAGUUGGAGCAGAUUGCGCAGGAACAGCGUACGUUCCGCGCACCAGACGGUCCUCCAGCAGCGCCAGCACCUGGUCAAAAGCCGUACGGUGGUGGUUCGCGCAAAGGUGCUGGAUCGGUCGUGAGGGUAGCACCGCCCGGUUCGACCAGCGUCGAUCGAAGGCCGACGACCAUCCUGAUAACCGGGUUCGUCGAGGAGGAGGCAGAAACCUUGCUGGAUCAUUUCAAGCAGUUCGGUGAGGUAACGAAACAUCAGCUGGACAAGGUGGAACCAUCGUUAACGAUUAGUUUCAGCACGAGGCCGGUAGCGGAGAAGGCGUUGGCCCGUGGUAAGCAGUUUAACAAGAAGCUGCUAUCGAUAGUUUGGCAGACAACGGCGGCAGUCGCACCGACAACACCGGCCGGAGCGUCGGCACCGAAUGCUGUGGCAGCAACGCCCGCCGACACUGGCAAGGAUGAGGGAAAUCAUCCGCUCGUUCAUUCUAGCAGCGGUGGUAGCGAUGGUGAUAACGUAGAUGAUGCCCUGACGUCCACGAAGCUCUUGGACAUUGAUGAAUCGAGCGACGGUGCGGAUCGGAUGGUGCUAAUUGGGAGCGGUGGCGUCGGUACCGACAUCAACUCAUCCUCGAUAGAGACUCUGAACGAGACGGACGAGCUGAUCGAGAUGCCGCACAUGGUGGAGGAGGAGGAAGACGAUGACGACAUGGAGGGUGAACGUUCCUGGCGCCGUUAG